AUGGCGACCGUCGCGGGCCUUAUCCGGCUCCUCCUCGUCGCCGCGCUGGCGCUGCGCCAGGCGGCGGGGGAAGUAAAGCCGCCGCCGCCGUGCCCGCUCGACCUGGGCUACGUGCGCACGUUCCCGUGGGACCGCGCGCCGUGCGCGCCGCCGGUCUCCAACGUCACCGCCUGCUGCAUGACCCUGCUCUCCGUGCUCGGCAUCGGCCUCGCCGCGCGCCUGCGCGCCACCGGCCUCUUCCGCCUCCCGUCCCCGCCGGCCUCGGCCGCCUGCAUCCGCGCCUUCUCCGACGCGCUCGCCUCGCCGCCGCUCUCGCUCCCGCGCUCCCUCGCGCCAGCCUGCUUCCCCGUCCCGUCCCAGUUCGCCAUCUCCCCGUCCUACUGCGCCGGGGUCACCACCGCCGCGCAGUACGUCGCCACCGUCGGUGAUGUGGCUGCCGGGGAACUCAACUCCUCCUGCGGCUCCAACCUCACCGACACGUCCUUCUGCUACGCCUGCCUCGCCGCCGGAAUCCAUGCCUUGGCUCGACUCACAGCUGCCGCCGGCAAAGCCUCCAACUCCCUCAACUGCUUCUACCUCACCGCCCUCUACGCCGCCGGCGUGUCCAACUCCGCCGGCCCCACCUCCCCUGCCACCGCCGCAUGCGCCUUCGGCCUCGCUCUCUCCACCCCAUCCCCCGCAUCCUCGAAUGCCUCCAGCUCCAUUACCCACACCAACAUCGCAGUCGCAACCGUCAUCCCGAUCGCAUCCGUCCUCCUCGUCUCCCUCAUAGCGCUGCUCGUUUGGACGAAGCGGCACGACGGCAUCAGCGGCAGGAACCGCGGUUUGUCCGACGAGCGGCGGCCGUCGCGGCAGCGACCAAACACCGGCUCGGUGCUGUUCGACAUCCGCGAGCUGGCGAGGGCGACCGGCGGGUUCGCGGAGCGGAACAUCAUCGGCCGCGGCGGGUUCGGCGUCGUGUACCGCGGCGUGCUCGCGGACGGGUCGGUGGUCGCCGUCAAGAAGAUGCUGGACCCGGACGUGGACGGCGGGGACGACGAGUUCGCCAACGAGGUGGAGAUCAUCAGCCACUUCCGGCACCGGAACCUGGUGCCGCUGCGCGGGUGCUGCAUCACCGACGCCGACGACCCCGACGACCAUGGCAGCAGGCAGAUGCUCCUCGUGUACGACUACAUGCCGAACGGCUCGCUCGACCGCUACAUCUUCCAGCAGCAGGACGGGGCGGCGGUGAUGCUGCCGUGGGCGCAGCGGAGGAGCGUGAUCCUGGACGUGGCGAGGGGGCUGGAGUACAUGCACUACGGUGUCAAGCCGGGAAUCUACCACCGGGACAUCAAGGCGACCAACAUACUCCUGGACGAGGACAUGCGGGCGCGCGUGGCGGACUUUGGGCUGGCACGCCGGAGCCGGGACGGGCAGUCGCACCUGACGACGCGCGUGGCCGGCACGCACGGCUACCUCUCGCCGGAGUACGCGCUGUACGGGCAGCUCACGGAGAGGAGCGACGUGUACAGCUUCGGCGUGCUGGUGCUGGAGGUGAUGAGCGGCCGGCCCGCGCUGGACCUCGCGGAGCCGUCCGGGAUGGUGCUGGUGACGGACUGGGCGUGGAUGCUCGUCAAGGCCGGCCGGACGAGGGAAGUGCUCGCCGAGGCUCUGCUUCGGGAGAAAGAGUGCCGGGCGACCGUGGAAGCCAUGGAGAGGUUCGUGCUCAUCGGCAUCCUGUGCGCGCACGUCACGGUGGCGUGCCGCCCCACCAUGCCGGAGGCGUUGAGAAUGCUGGACGGGGACAUGGACGUGCCGGACUUGCCGGACCGGCCGCAGCCGUACGGCCAGAGAAUCCCGUUCGACGAAGGCGAAGGCAACUUCAGUGCCUCGUCGGUGCUGAGCGGCCCGUUCCUGGACUUCGGCGACAUGCUCAGGUGA